AUGACUUUAUCCCAAGCUCAGCCGCAUGCCUUUCUCCGAUCCCUCUUUCAACAAAUCAACGUUUUUGAAGAUGACUUCCCUUCUCUUGAAUCUCUGCAAGCGCUCGGAAUCCAAGCAUCCCAAGUGUCCUUGGAUACGGAGAAACACGACACUGUGAAAUUCGACCCGUGCUUCUUUGAACCUCAACCGGCCAACGGGGUUCUUCAGAGAUAUCCUGUAGACCAUACGGAUUCAGCAGGAGGCGCUCUCAAGUUGUCCCCUCCUCUUAGCGUGCAGGAUAUCAUGGAUAGGUCCUUGCAGAUAUACCCCCCUGGAGUCGCACCAAUCCGUGAGAACCUUACAGAAGAGGACCGUGUGAUUUUCGAAACUGAUCCUAGAGAGGAAGCAACUGAGUUAGAGAAUUUUGUCCAUCGUCACCUACUCAAGGCUAGGGCACGAUCUCCAUCGGAGGAGACCACUCUGGACCGUCGGACCCAAUGUCGCUGGUAUCCUCGACACAAAGAAGGCGACCCUGAUUAUGGGCAGGCCUUCGAUCUCUCAAAGUGGUGGGAACUAAUUAGUCAUUACCGGUACCCCGAUCUCCCUCGCAAGCCACAUUCGAUCAUAUCAUGCGUAUCUAUGAUUUGUCCCAGGGAGACAUAUUGUGGAGUCACUACACCUGAGCUGUGUGCUAUCGCGUGUGCGAUGCUUCUUCGAGUCAAUCAUAAGCCAUUCAGCACAUGCCAUAUUCAUCCAGUUUUGGUUCUCUCUUACAUGGGCAAUAGGCGGGCGAGAAUUAUUCAAGCGCUGUACGAUGGAAAGACACUGGCCUUGCAAUACUCGCCAUUUUGGAACUUUGCAGAUGCAGAAAGGGCAUCACUGCAAGUGUUCGUCCGAUAUGGAUUGAGUAAGCCAGUUGGUGGUCCAGGUCGGGUGAUAACUACCUACCCGCCCCCAUUCCCUGUAACUUAG